CGCCAUUGCAGAAAACUUUCUACUUAUCCAUUCACCACUUUAUUCACCAUGAGACCGCCUUCCGCUAUCCUAGCCUUUGCUACACUCUUCAAUUUAUCCUCCCACGUUAAUGAAGCUACUGCAUUUGUCCUCCAAGGUAGAACCACUACAGUGAAUAGUUCUCCCAAGCCUCACACAUCUACAAACACAAACACAAUAGCUGUACCUAGUAUUACCAGUUCAGGUGAAAACCCCACAAAGGAAAACACAGAAAACACCCAAGAUUCUUGCAGCUGUGCCAUGACCGGCGACAACGUCUCUGCUGCCAUGUUGGCAGCCAAUCGCGAACUCGACGACUUCGGCCUAGUGCGCUCGAGCCGAGGAACGAUACAGAAUCCCGGAGCAUUCGCAAACUUCGUGAUUACCAAAAACAAAGACUGGGAGCAAUAUAGCAUUGACCCGAAGGACGACACGAAGAGUCUCUACGGCAACAAGGCUGUUUACCAGUACCAGACGAUCACGGUUCAGCCAGGAUCCGGUGUCUUCAACACCAUCUGGGUCGAGACCGAGAACCGCGGCUUGCCCGACCACGUAAACCGCCGCACGCUCACGAAGAACGGAUGGACCGCCGCCGGGGGCGAUCUCGGCAAGCUGAUGAUACUGGGGGACUCGAACAUCAUCAACCCGGCCGUCCGAAACUCCAUCCACGACGCCCUCGCCGAGCACCCCCGGGGCAGAGACGCUGGGGAUGGCCCCCAGAAGCUCGUCUUCCGGGAAGGCGACAAAGGCUGGGAGGAGCUCCGUAACAACCCCUUCAUCGGCGGAUACGAGAAAAUGCUCCUCGAGGAUGCCGCCGCAUUCAAGAACGCCAGGAUCGCUGCCAUCACCGUGAUCAUUGACAUCAUCGAGCAGUAUCACCUGCAAGUCUCGCUGACGCGCCAGAAGCACGAGGCCCCGUCCUCGUCCGACGACGAAGACGCCCCAGACGCAAAGAGACCGAACACCUCUGGCGGCACAAAAGCGACCAAGCGAAAGACUGCCCCUAAACGAAACAGGCGCAGUACUGCCCCUAAACGAACCAAGUCCAAACGAAGUCCGAUUCCGGGACGUGAUUCUUGA